AUGACCCAAACAAUUGUUGAGAUGACCGUUGUAAAUGGUACUGGAGCUGAUAAUAACCUUUAUAUAAACCAAGCCAUAGUAUUUAUUGAAGAUGCAAUCCAGUAUCGAUCUAUAAAUCACCGUGUGGACUCCAAGUCCCUGUGGCUUUAUCGGUGGUACUAUUCAAGAACAUGUCAGUGGAUUUUGAGUUUAACCAUUACUAUAAUCCUGGCUUUGGCUUUCAUUGAAAAGCCUUCUUCGCUUACCAUCACGUCAGAUGUACGAUACCGCCUUCCUGCAUGGAAUCCUCCGUGUGGCCUAACAGAAAGCAUUGAGCUGCUUUGCUUUCUUGUGUUCGUGGUUGAUGUAUCCGUGAAGAGUUACUUAAUUGGAUGGGAAGAAUUUUGGAAAAAUAAAUGGCUGAUGGCUUAUAUACUGACAUUAAUUGUUUCCCUUACUGAUUGGAUUGUAUCGCUGAGUUUUUUCUGCACAGAGAAUGUGAGAAUAAGAAGAAUUCUUCGUCCUUUCUUUCUCCUUCAGAAUUCUUCUAUGAUGAAGAAAACGUUAAAAAGUAUCAACAGCACAUUGCCUGAAAUGGCAAGUGUUGUUCUACUACUAGCUGUUCAUCUGUCUCUCUUUACCAUGUUUGCCAUGCUGCUGUUUGCUCGAACAAAGGAUGGCCAGCAGGAUAAGGAGUGGGUGGGGUAUUUCCGGAAUUUGCCGGAUUCACUGACAUCACUGCUGGUCCUGCUAACUACUGCAAAUAAUCCUGAUGUGAUGCUUCCUGCUUAUUCUAAGAAUCGAGCAUAUUCAGUCUUCUUCAUACUCUUCACUGUAUUAGGCAACUUGUUUCUGAUGAACUUGCUUACAGCAAUAAUAUACAACCAGUUUCGAGGAUACCUUCUGAAGUCGGUUCAGUCCUCCCUCUUCAGGAGGCGACUGGGAAUCCGGGCUGCGUUUGAAGUGCUUUCUUCCCUGAAAGAGACUCCUGCUAAUGCACAACAGUCAUAUGUCAGCUUUGGGGCCUUACUACAAGUGCUGCAGAAAGUUGAAAUGGAUUCUCGCUGCAAGCAAGCCAUCAUGAGAUCACUCAAAAUGUGCUCCUGUGACCAGCUGUCAGCUGCCCAGUUUCAGAAGCUCUUUGAAGAACUAGACAAAGAUGCCAUUAAGCAACAUCCUCCCAGUCCACAGUAUCAAUCCCAUUUUCUGCAGAAAAUGCAGUUUGCCUUUGGCCAUCCCUACUUUGGCUACUUGGGGAAUGUUGUAGCCCUUGCAAACAUUGUUUCUAUCUGUGUGGUUUUGGUGAUGGAUGCAGAUAAGCAGCCAUCUGAAAGAGACGACUUCUUCCUGGGGGCUAUCAACUGCUUCUUCAUCCUAUACUAUCUGCUGGAAAUGUUGCUGAAAAUCUUAGCAAUGGGCUUGAAAAGAUACUUGUCAUACCCAAGCAAUAGAUUUGAUGGACUUCUGACUGUAAUUUUGCUGAUUUUGGAGAUUGCAACUUUUGCUGUGUACGGAUUUCCUCAUCCUGGUUGGAGACCCGAGUUCAUGGGCUUGUUAUCCCUGUGGGAUAUGGUGCGAUUGGUGAACAUGUUAAUUGUGUUCAGGUUUCUGCGGAUUAUUCCUAAUAUGAAGUUCAUGGCUUUGGUUGUUACUACAUUGCUGGAUCUGGUAAAAAACUUGAGAGCGUUUGCAGGAAUCCUUGUGGUGGUUUUCUAUGCAUUUGCUAUAACUGGCAUAAUGCUAUUUCAAGGUGCUGUUGUUCCCUUGGGAAAUACGAGUGCUGUCAAUACAACAUAUGAUAACGGCACUCUGCAGUGUGGGACCUACGAACAACUGGAAUAUUGGCCGAACAACUUUGAUGACUUCGCUGCAGCAGUGGUGACCCUCUGGGAUGUGAUGGUGGUGAACAACUGGCAAGUCUUUUUGGAAGCGUUUUCAAGAUAUUCAAGUCCGUGGGCAAAGAUCUAUUUUGUAGCCUGGUGGUUGAUCUCCUCUGUCAUCUGGGUUAAUCUCUUCAUAGCUUUACUUCUAGAGAACUUUAUUCACAAGUGGGACCGUCGCUGUCAUCGAGAGCCUCUUUCAGAUAUUGAAUACCAGAGGACAGUUGAACUAAUGUUCAGGGAUGUUUUGGAAGAACCUACAGAGGAAGAGUUGAUGGAAAAACUGCACCAGCAUCCACACCUGCAGUUAUGUAGAUGA